UUUAUCUUCAACCAUCACCGCCGCCGAAGCUCCGCUCGAACGCCGCAAUAUAGACACUUGCAGCAGCGUUGCUGGCGACAGCGACCGUUCUCACCGCCGGAGUCGUUCGAGACCGAUAAGCGACGACACCAUGGCCGCUACCGACGGCGAUUGGCAUGUUAUCGCGCGGGACUGGUGGAGGACGCCCGUGGAGGGGGCGACAUGGGUAGACGCGGAGCGCAAACAGGGAGGCGACGGCAGCGAGGAGGCGGUGUGGCCACCGGCCCCCCGCGCGCGCGGGCCCUUGGUGCACAUACGGGCGGGCGAGCCCUGCGGGAGCAGCAGCAGGCGCUCGGCGGACGACAUGCGGCUCAGCACGGAGCUGCCGGGCGUGCGCGGCGCAAGCGAUGUGCUGGCCGAUUACGAGGCCGCCGUCGGCUUCGACGACGGCCCGAAGUGGGACAAGCCCCUCCGGACGGACGUUACGGACGCCAGCCUCUGGCGCGAGCUCGUCGAUGCCCUCACCUUUGUCGACGCCCCGACUCGAACCACGACCCCGGCCGAUGGCAACAGCGACGGCGACGACGAGCUCUUGUUCGACGAAUCAUCGCCCGCCACGAGCAGCUCCGGAAGUUUGCAUAGGAGCACGUCCACCCUGUCCAGCCUCGACUUCAGCGAGUUGCAAGGCAGCAGCCAUACUUCCUCGUGGUCGGUACCUGCCACGCCGAAGGUCGCCCCCGUGGACGUUGUCGUCGAAAGUCCGGAACAGGAGCUCCAUGACCCGUUGUCAUCAAGCCCUCGCAGAACGAUAACAGCAUCCCCCAUCCCCUCGUCUACUUCUCCCGCCCCCUCGUUCACGUUCCCCACGCUCGACGUUCCGGCCGUCAAGAUCAUCAAAGACGACCAGGGUUUCUACUCGCAAGUCGAUGAUGGUACCACGGAUUCCCUACUUCCACCCUUCCUGCACGACGCUGCCGCGCGCCGCCGUCGCCCGCAGUCUAAGACUCGCGCCAUCGUUGACAGUUUGCGCAACCCAGCGAUGCACGACUCGGGCUACGGCAAGAUUGGUAUGGUGCGCAGCGGCCGGAAGACGUCUGGUACGGUCGACCCGUUGGAGCUGCCAACACCUCCGUCCUCCGCCUCAUCCUCGGGAGCAGGUUCACUCGACGUACCCACUCCAUCAUCUUCGUCCCGUGAUAGCAGCCGGAGCAGCUCUGAGCGCCGCUCGCUAUCGGAUGACGACGGUUGGUUCGAGGCUUCACCUGCACCUGCACCGGCGCGUCCUCAGUCUCCUCAACGUCCAUCACUCACCACUCAGAGGCAUGAACAUGCGGAGGCUGCACGUGAGCGCUUCCUUGCGCUUAACCGCGCCAGGUUUGAGCCGCCGACGCCGCCGCCCCAACCCGCCGAGGAAGAGCAGCCACAACAGCAUCAGCGCUCUACGUCCGCGAGCUCACAGCAGUCCCCGUCGUCUUCCCAGAAGGGCAAGCAUUCGCGCUCGGCGUCCAAGACGUCGCGCAAGCACCGACGCAGUGGGUCCAAGUCUGUAUCGGUAUCGACGCCUGCACCACCGCCCGAGCCCGUGCCCGUACCUCCACCCACUUCCCAUCCCAUCUUCUAUCCUGGCUACGGCGCGUUUAUGCCACAGGCGGCGUACGGGCCGAUGUACGGUGCGCCGAUGCCACCGCAACCACCGGCCCAGCCCCUGUUUGUGCCGCAGUAUGCGCCUCCGCAGGCCAUGUACGCGCCAGCCCUCCCGCCACCGUUGCUUAGUCCGUCGAUGGCCAUGAAGCCGCACAUGAUCAAGUUCAUGAGCCCGAUGACCGCCGUCCCGCGCAUGCGCAACUGAUCGGCCCUUCUGCCCUCCGUUAGUAGUUACGCUCUCCUAUGAUCACCACUGCACUGUUCCUUUCCUUAUAUUUUGUCUUUCCCCCUCUUCCUCUCUCGCCUACCCCGCGAGCUGCCGCUCGUCCUUAUGUCUUCCCUACGCAUGUUUGUUAUCCUUCUGUCCGUAAGUAGCCGUUAUUGCGCGUACUUAUUUCUCCUCUUGUCACGAUUUUAUUCACCACAUACGUGCAUACGUUUAUACGCCCAUACGCAUUCCUCUGUCGCGCCUGGCUCGCUGAUAUCUUGUUUGACCUAGUAGUCCUGUACGCGGCACCGAUGCCUGUGCAUACGCCCUUCACGCCCAUGUUUGGUAUAUAUUGUUCUCUUUCCUCGUAUUUAGCAUGUUCGAGCGGACAUUCACAUGCUCAGCUCAAUCAAAUCUCUUAUCUUUUCGCU